AGUUUUGUUAGAUUGUAUUCUGCUAGACGCUGCCAGCGUGUAAAAAUGGCCGCAGAAAAUGGGAAAAAUUUGGAAAAAACUGCCUCAAAACAACAGGAAAGUAGUGGAAAAGUAGAAGACGCUAAGGCACCGUUGCUGACGAAUUCCAAAAAACCUGACACAGAGUUCAACAAUGUUUUGGAAAAGAAAUUUUACAAGAGCUUCAUGAAUCCUAUGCUGGCAACUUUAGAAGAGAAGGUUAAUGAAAAUAAUGAAAUAUUGGAUAGAAUUAACAAAAAAUGGGAGGAUGAGAGAGAGGAGCGAAAGAGAGAAAGACUAAGUAAACAUGUACCCGAAGAACUGAGGGGAAAAGGUCUACCAAGGAAUGAUAUCUUUAAACAUUUAGAGAAUUUAAUUAUAUACGAGAAUUACGCAAAAGAUUUCGACGUAAAUCGUUUGAUAAAGCCAAGACAGCGUGAAGUCGAUGGCGUUGCUGAACUCGCCGUCCUUUCUCAGAGUGUUGCUUCGUAUAUUUCUCUUUUCGAGCCAAAUCAUCUCCGUCAUUUAACAAGUACUAUUCUCACCGAUACAACUCGUUGGCUAUGCAGAUUGUUUCGUUUCGACAAUGGGACAGCAUACUUUAACGAAGAUGAACGUGAAUGUUUAGUAAGAAUUAGUAGAUUAAGCUUAUUGAAAAAGUUUCCCUCUCUAACAAGCGAUGGAUUUGAUGCUCUUGUAAAUAAACCACCUGUCAUUUACAUUUCGGCAGCAGCACGUCCAGGGUUGGCUCAAUAUCUCUGUGCCCAGCUAUCUUUACCAUUAUGGUGCGUUAAUACAAUCCCCUGUACUAAAAAGGUUGGCGCUCAGAACAAGAUGGAUAUUUCUCUUUUGGAAAAGGCAAUUGCCGAAGAUCAAAAGGAAAAUCGUUGUCCAACUCUUGUGAUUUGUUAUGCUGGGACCCCACUAAUAGGACAUGUAGACGAUAUUGGUAAAAUGCAGGAUAUUUGCUCUAAACACAAUAUCUGGUUACACGUUGAAGGAGCUAAUCUAGCUACUCUUGUACUAUAUAGUGUCCCGACUUCCAUAAACUCUGCAAAAACUGGAGAUAGUAUCAGCUUGAAUUUAUCUUCUUGGUUUGGUUUACCGCUAAUUCCGCACGUUGUUCUAUAUAAAGAGCAAGAUCCAAAUGAUUCUCAUGCAGCCGGCCUGAUUCAAGUUACAAACAAAUCAAGAUUGUGUUGUCUCGGCUUAUGGAUGUGUCUCCAAGAAAUGGGACACGAAGGUAUGGUUGAACGUGUUCAGGGAGCUGUCACAUUAGCUAAUUACCUUGUUGAAAAAUUAAACAAGCUGAAGCAAAUACGACAUUUGAGUAAGAGAGCGUCAUCCGAAGAGGAGAAGAAUGAGAUGCCUGACUCGAUUGGUGGUGUUGCAAAGCAACUGGUUACUAAGGCAAUAAAUGCUUUAGUUACAUUUGAAAUUGAAAAUCCAACGGUUGUAUUUCAAUACUAUCCCGAUCUGACGUCGUCUAGUAGUGAGAAAGAAGUUGAAAAAGGUAAGGAAAAGGAGAGAGAGAGGGAAAAGAAGGAAAAAAUUAGGGAAGCAGAUAAAGCUAAUGAUAAAGAAAUUAAGAAUGCUCUAAAAGAAAAUAAUGAUGACUCAAUAUCUUAUUUACACUCUUUGAAUAUUUGGCUUGUGGAAACUAUUAAGAGAGAGAUAGGCAAAGUGUUCCUUUCGGCUGUUGAUGUUGAAGCUGCUGGUGCUUGUAUCAGAUUCGCUCCACUUGAAACGGCUCAUGCAAUGGGUACAACUACAGGCGAUAUCGAUGCCUUAGUUGCCUGUAUAGAACGCCAACUUCCAAUAUUGAAUGCCACCAUUGAGAUGCGCAAAGAAUUUGACAGGGUAGUGUCAACUUAUGCGAAUUUAAAUUUAAUUAAGGUUCAAAAUUGGGCUGGUUUGGGAGCAGUUCAAUAUGUUCCUGAUGGCUAUUUGAAUAGGCAGUGGUCUGACGACGAUAUGAAAAAUAUUAAUACUCUGAAUAUUGGUUUGGUCCACGAGUUAAAAUCUCGUGAUACAGCUUUCAGUUUAGGUUUUGACAAUCUUCAAACAGCCUGUGUUCGUUUUGGUUUAGUAACAAAUGCAACCGAUUUGGAGGAAUUAGUGGGCUUAGUUGUCUCUAAGGCCAAAGAAGUUGAGGAGGCCAGUAGAUAUCUAGAAAUUAUGGCCGAUGUUGUUAAGCAAGGCAUCGAAAAAGCUGAACUAGAGCUGGUCGAAGAACACCAAAAGAAACUGGCUUCAGAGGGAGUUCUACGACAGGUUCCAUUAGUAUCGUCUCUAAUGAAUUGGUGGAGUCCUCCCCCAAAGGAGGGAAUGAAGGGAAGAACUUUUCUCCUUAGUUCAGGAAAGAUCUUAUCGACAGAGCCUAUAUAUAAAUAUAGAAUUCAGGUAAAAGAGGAGGAUGUAAAAGGAGGGGAUUCGGAGCACGCUAAAUUAUAUGAAAAUAAAUCUUCAAUUGAAAAAAAUGAAACACCGGAGACGAACGUUGCCACUCCGGAAAAGCGGGCAGAUACUGUAAAAAAACCUGAAUCCGAAACUAGUCCAAAGUAA